UUAGCGCUGGCGUACCGAGCUCCACUAAAUGUCAAAUCAAGCAGCAAUUUCACGCGCGUCUGACGUCAACACUGGCGAAGAAAAAUAAACUUCGCGCACACUUCGGGAGAAACCAUUUUCGCCAACGCCGUUUUUCUCCUUCCGCGUAGAGAGGAGCCCGCUGAUAUAAGCAUGCUCAGCUGAAGCGUCCUGCAGCCUCUGACGCUGGGCGCAGGCGAACUGCGACGGCCGCGCCAAACAAGCUCCAGUGAUGGCCUCUGCUGAGCAGCUGUGUCCCCGCCUGCUGCACCAGCACUGCCCAUAGGCCACACACACACACACACAUACUUACACACACCUUUGGGCUCCCUUUCCAAUUCCGUCCACACACACACACACACACAUCAUGUACAGUGUGGAGGACCUGCUGAUCUCUCAUGGAUACAAACUGCCCAGGAGCGGCCCUGCCUCCUCCUCUUCCUCUGCGCCUUAUGACAAUCGAAACAACGAAUGUCGCCGUGAUAAUGUAGAGAACCGGCCUGCUGGAGGUGGUGGUGGUGGUGGUGGAACUCUGAAUGGAUUUGGGACAAUGGAGGGGGGAGCAGAAGCAGGCACGGGGGUGUACAGGCCGGCCCCAGUGAAGGCUUACCCAGAGAACAACAACAACAUUAAUGAGGGCCAUGAAAGAAUUCAACGGAGAUUGGAGGUUCCUGUUGCUUUCCUUGGUGACCUGCAACCUCUGGGUGACUCUCUAGCUACAGACAGUGGGUUCUAUGAUGCUCCCAGCCUGACGUUCUCUGAACAUGCAGAUGAGCGAGAUAUUGCAUUCUGGAGAAGGAGGGGACAGGACUUCAGUGCUCUAUUGGACUAUGCUGAUCCCAGGGAACUCAGAGUGUCUGGAGGAUUGUGGCGAGGUCCAGUACUAGCUGUUGAGGAGCUGAGGACUGAGAGGCCACUGGCACGCUGGGAGGAAGGCCCAUGGAUACGGGAACCUAUAGACUCAGGCCCAGAGACGUUAUAUGUGACUGGAGAGAGAAAAUGCCAGAGCCUGGGAACAGAGGAGUGGCACCCUGCAGUGGGCUUGGGCCGGCAGCUGUCAGAUGGCGAGGCUGAACAUUGGUCUCAGGAGCAGCAACACCGACUGCGACCAGCAGAUUGCAGUGUUUCCACCACAGUGCGAGCCAAGUCCCAGUCGCUCCCACGAGUCCUUUCCCCAGAAGAUCCCCACUAUGGAGAACUGCCUCAAACCAGUGCCCCAAAUCACCCCCCUACACAAAGAAGCAGCAGCUCUGCUCCAUAUGGUCGAUACCACAGUGAAUGGCCAGCAGGGGAAAGAUGGAGUGGUCAGACACAAAGUCAUGCUCCUUCUGCAGUUGUACCAAAGCCACGGUUCAGCCGCCCCGUCAAGCCACCAUCUUAUGAGACUCACCAGCAAAACAGGGGGAGCUGGGAAACGUUGUCCUCUGAACCCGUGUCCAAACCCAGAGACCGCUCAGUGUGCUUCUCUCAGAAUUUUGAACCACUCAGAGACCGGUCUGGUUGUUAUUCUCACAGUGCAGAGCCUCUAAGAGAUCGGUCCAUUUGCUUUUCACAGAGUGCAGAACCUAUUCGAGAUCGCAUGCUGAGCCACUCUCAAAGUGCUGAACCACUAAGAGACAGAUUUAUCAGUCAUUCACAGAGUGCAGAACUACUGCGUGAUCGCUUUUUCAACCACUCACAUAGUGCCGACCUCUUACGGGACCGAUCCCUUUGUUACUCUCAGAGCUCAGAACUGCUUCGAGACCGGUCCAUUUGUUACUCCCAAAGUGCAGAGCUCCUGAGACCAGAAUCCUAUAGGACAGAUCUGUUUUACCAUGAACUGACUGGUAUGGAGCCCCCUGGUUACAUCCCACCCCCCUCCUACAGGAGAUUCCUGCCACCCAGGAGUGGACAGAACUACCGAGCAGAUUCUGCUCUUGUCCGAUGGAAACGUGAGCCUGUGAGUGCAGAGAUGGGCCAGUGGUUUUCAAGGACUUCAGGAUUGUCAUGGUCAGAACGGCGUGAAGACAGGAGCAUGGCAGUGGUUCCAAGAAGACCUGUGCAUCCAGGGCCUGUCGGACCAAGCCGUCCAGGACUUGUGCAGUAUGUCCCAUUUGAAGACCCACGUAUCAGGCAUGUCUCAGGGGGGCCUUGUGGAAACUCGCUUACCGACGCGGAUAAGAUCCGACAUGUCAACAAAGAGCUUCCCUGCGCUGCAACUUUAGGACAAUCCACACAUGAUAGUGCCUUUCUCCCUUCACAGGGACCAAGUCUUAGCAUGGAAACUAACAAAACGGCUCUCACUGAACAUGAGAAUACUAACCGCUGGCACAAGGGGAUGAAUAAAGGCAGUGAAACUGUAGCACCUGACCAGAGCUGUGCCAAGUACCCACCAGCCUUUCAGCUCAGACCCCUGCAACCAAUAAUUAAAACAGACAGAAUUACAGAUCAACAGACUAGAGUAGACAGAAUCACUGAACAAGUUAAGGUUGAGAGAGUAACAGAGCCUGUCAAAGUUGAGAGAGGUGCUGAACAGACAAAAACAGACCAAGUUAAAGUAACAGAGCAAGUGAAACCAGAUCGAGUUACCGACCUAAUAAAAUUAGACAAGCCUACAGAACAAGUAAAGCCAGACAGGUUUACAGACAAACAAGUAAAAGUAGAAAGAUUAACUGACCAGAUACAAGUAGACAGAAUCCCAGAUCAAGUCAAGGCCGACAGGUAUACAGACAAACAAAUUAAGCCUGAAGUCAAGCCAGAAAAAUUCCCAGAAAAGCCCAUAAAAGCAGAUAGAAUUUCAGACAAGCAAAGUAAAGCUGAACGACUCAUAGAGAAGCACUUGAAGAUUGAUAGAAUUUUAGAAAAACAGCUUAAAGCAGAUAAAAUCUUAGAAAGACAAAGUAAAUCUGAAAAAUUUACAGACAAGUUGAUUAAGGGUGACAAGCAGGUAAAAGGAGAUAGCAGUACAGACCAGAUCAAAUCUGAGAAGAUCACCGACAAGUCUGGAAAGGCUGACAAAUCCAUAGAUAAAGGUUCUUCAGAGAGUGUUUCAACUGUAAAGACCGAACCAGUCCAGGAACCUGAGAAAAAGAGUGUGAAAAAGAAACUCAGUGAGACUAUCUUUUGCCUUGUGUCUGUACCACUUUCGCAGUCCAGUGCAAAAUCUCGUGAUCAAAACAACAACGAAGAGAAAAAAUCAGACUCUCCUCCAAUUCCUCCUCCUCCUCCACCAAGUUCAUCCAGUGAAAACAGCAACACCCUCGGCUCUCUGCCAAACCAAAGCCUCAAAAGCACAUCCACCACCUCCACUGAUUUAGAGCUACAAGCACUCACACUUGGCAGCGGGUCCAGUAGCAUUGCCACAAGGAGAGCGCAUCGGAGAAGGAACUCACGCUCUAGGAUCUUUAAGCCAAAUCCACAUGAUGAGCUCCGACGGUAUUCUGGGGCUUGGCCAGGGGACCAGUACCGUGAUCAGGAGACCCAGACGAGCCCUGAGCCCAAAAAGAGCAAUGCAAAUCCAGGCCCUACCAAUACAGAAGCACAAGAUGCUCCUGCUGCCUCAGAGGUAACCGCUCCUGGUGAGACUACAUCAGUGGCUUCAGGGGUUGCCCCAGGGGCCACUGGGGCUUCGUCAGCUCCACCGGCUCCAUCAGUUCCUUCAGUUCCACCGACUCCAGCAGCUCCACCGGCUUCAGGAGCUCCUGACCCCAGCACCCCUUACGGGUAUCCCAUGAAGGGCCAGAAAAGCCUAAAACUAUCCAGCAACAGUGCUUUUUCACGGACAGGUACCUUCACCAGGAGCACAGGUUCUCACAGACCUCCAUUACAUCCUCCGCCACACCCUCCCCCCCCACCUCCAAACCAACCUCCAUCUCAACCUCCUCCUCCCCCACCAACACAGCCUCCGGCUCAGUCCCCACCAUCAGAUCCGACUGAGGAGGAAAAGUCAGCCACAGGGCCAAACCCUGAGGGAUUUGAACAGUUCUUGCUGAAGCCAGUAAGCCGACUGCCAUGGGACGCUAUUGAGGAUCUUGAGACCAUCAAUAAGGAGGCGCAAGACCAAGCAGGUAAACGCCCCAGCGUGGACCAGUGCAUUGAGGAUCUUAAUGAGGCCUACAAAGAUAUCCUGGAGCUCAGUACUGCCAGCAAUAACCUUCCCAACCGCUCCUCCAUGCAAAUCCCUGACCGCAUCAAAUCUAGGUUAUCUUCAGAUCCACUUGGAAUGCCUGCAACCGGUCUUCGACCAAGCUUGGUGCCUGGAAGUGACCCAGAAUACAGGGAGGUGAAGAGUGCCUUUUCCCGACCAUCAACUGGGAAGAGUGUGAGCUUCAGCAAACAGCUGAGAGAGGAGAUUUGUCCUGCUGCCCCCCCACCAGAACCAGGUUUCAGAGAUUACAAAACAGUCAUGUCCCAGAUAACCCAACGCAAAGCCUGCAGAUCAGUGAAGCUGGAUAUACCAGCCCCCAAAGAGACCCAAAGAGAUGAUGAUUUGACUGCACAAACCUCCUCCACCUCUUCCAUUGCAGCCGAGGCACCAUGGGCAGACAGACAGCCUAUGCAAGAUGCCUCCACUUUAACCAGCCCACCAGACUAUGAACACAUCUGUCAAACUAUCCAAAUGGCCCGUGAAUCUGGGGCGGUUAGCCGAGCUUCUAUCAAAUCCAAACCAGGAAGCGCCAUGAGCAUCGAAACGCCACAGCAUGUACCCAUACCUGGUAGGCCUCCCUUAGAUUCUGAGCAGCCAUGUUGUUCUUCAGCAUUAGAAGGGAGACAGGAGCCAAUGUCAUUAUUCAGGGAGGAAAGGAGCUCAGGCUUUAGGAGGGUAACAAGCCACACUAACAGGUUCCUUAGUAACAGGGGUGUGCUCUGUAGCCUUGCAACCGGAAAUCCUGUUGGUGACAAAGCAGGUUUAGAGGCUAACUCAGAGGUUCCUGCUGACUGGCAGAUGCAGCUUUCAUUAGCUGAAAAGCAUAUUGCUACUCUGAUCACAGGAGAGGGUUCAGAAGAGAACCUUGAUGAGUCAAACAAGGUUAAAGGUGAUAAAGACAUUCCUGGCAGUGUGUCAGCUGAAAAUGAAGUGAGCAACAUUUUAGCCACUGAAAUGAAAGAUGAUACUGCCAAUGCUGAGCAGAAACCUUCUGAAGUAAAAGAGACAGAAACGGAGCAAACCCAGACACCUGAAAUCCAACAACCUGAAGUGACAGAGAAAGUGAAAGAAAAGGAAACAUCUAGGGAAAAGACUGAAACAGAGCAAGAGAAAUGCGAGCAGAAAGACCCUGUUACUGAAGGAACAGAGCAAAAUAGUGAUACAACCUCUGAGGAAAAGAAAGAACCAAAUGUGAUCUUGAGGGCAAAUAAGGCUGCAAUAUGGACUCAUUCAGGUUUAGAUUCAGAGCUACGACCUGAAUUUCCACCAGAUCACCUUCCCCUUUCUGUACUUCCUUAUCCUAAUCGUAGAUUAUCUUUAGGGUUAGAUUGGGAGAAGGGUGGGUGGGAAGGGGAAAGUUUGGGUCAAGGUGGAUUUUGGUCCAGAGAGAGGCGGUCCCUUGAUGCUGAGAGAUGGGGUAUUGGUGGAGAGACUUGGGGUUUAGACAAUGAUAGACAGCAAGGAGGUGGUGAAAAACUGGGUCUGGGGGGUUGGCGUGGUUGUGGUAUUGAUGGGCAAGGCACAGAUGAUUCAGACUGGGAACUAGAUGAAAAUACCCAAGAGUCAGGUUCAGACAGAAAUAAAAUAACACUUAAGCCUGAGCAGGGUCUUGGUGAAGACAAUAGCAGUCCAGUCUCUAGCACUGAUGAAGUGGAAAAAGAUAAAACACAAGCUGUUGCUAGCCAAGGCAUUGAUAAGGGUCGGAGUCAAGGUCCAGAAUAG